UCAUAUUCAGACAAAAGUUACCUAGAUAAGGGGUACUUAUUGGGUAGUCAUAGUACUGUGCCUAUCAACGGUGUAUCAGAAAGCCACUCUUUCCCUGGACUUCCCCCUUUCUCUCUGUUGUUUGUUGCAGCGGAGACAGCCACCAUGCCCACUGAAACACAGAGUGAUGCCCGCUCCUUCCUGAGCGAGGACAUGAUUGCCGAGUUCCAGGCUGCUUUCAACCUGUUCGACAGUGACGGUGGCGGUGACAUCAGCACCAGGGAGUUGGGUCAGGUGAUGAGGAUGUUGGGCCAGAACCCGACCAGAGAGGAGUUGGCCCUGAUCAUCGAGGAGGUCGAUGAGGAUGGUAGCGGCAGCAUCGACUUCGAGGAGUUCUUGGUCAUGAUGGUGAGGCUCCUGAAGGAGGACCAGGCCGGCAAGUCCGAGGAAGAGUUAUCAGAGGUCUUCCGUAUUUUCGACAAAAACGGUGACGGUUUUAUUGACCGUGAGGAGUUAAAUGACAUCUUGGCCGCCACUGGAGAGCCAGUCACAGAGGAGGAAUGUAUCGAGCUAAUGACAGACGCAGACCUAAACAAAGACAACAGGCUUGAUUUUGAUGAAUUUCUGAAAAUGAUGGAGAAUGUACAGUAACAAGACCAACAUUCCUUUGUGACCCUUUCCAUGUGUCACUUCUCCUGCUUGAAGAAAAGAACAACUGUUUCUGAAUGGAAAAAAAAUCUAAUACAAAAAUGAAAGCCACAUUUUCUUUUUGAGUCUUCCCAACUACUUACAGUAAAGAGUCUACCCAAAAACACUACAAAUCAAAUCAAAGUUUAUUGAUGGCGUACACAGAUUUGCAGAUGUUAUUGCAGGUGCAAUGAAAUGCUUGUGUUAAUAUCAGUAAUAUCUAGCAAUACAAUAAAAAAUACAGACUAUACAAAGUUUUUUUUUUAAAUAGAAAUGAAGAAAUAUUUUUAAAAAGUCCAAGUCUAGAAUAUAUACUGAACAAAAAUAUGAACGCAACAUGGAAGGUGUUGGUCCCAUGUUUCAUGAGCUGAAAUAAAAUAUCCCAGAGAUUUUUCAUAUGCACAAAAAGCUUAAUUUCUCUCAGAUUUUGUGCUAAAAUUUGUUUACGUCCCUGUUAGUGAGCAUUUCUCCUCUACCAAGAUAAUCGAUCCACCUGACAGGUGUGGCAUAUCAAGAAUCUGAUUAACGAGCAUGAUCAUUACACAGGGCAGCAGGUAGCGUAGUGGUUAGAGCUUUGAGCCAAUAACCGAAAGGUUGCUGGAUUGAAUCCCUGAGCUGACAAGGUAAAAAACUGUCAUUCUGCCCCUGAACAAGGCAGUUAACCCACUGUUCCUAGAACAGUGGGAUUUGUUCUUAACUGACUUGCAUAGUUAAAUAAACACAACUGCACCUUGUGCUGGGGACAAUAAAAGGCCACUCUGCAAUUGGCAUGCUGACUGCAGGAAUGUCCACCAGAGCUGUUGCCAGAGAAUGUAAUGUUAAUUUCUCUACCAUAAGCCCAGGACCUCCACAUCCAGCUUCUUUCACUGUGGCAUCGUCUGAGACCAGCCAACCGGACAGCUGAGGAAACGGAGGAGUAUUUAUGUCUAUAAGAAAGCCCUUUUGUGGGGGAAAACUCAUUCUGAUUGGCUGUGCCUGGUUCCCCAGUGGGUGAGCCUGGCUCCAAAGUGGGUGGGCCUAUGCCCACCCAUGCCAGCUUCCCUGCCUAAUCAUAUACACAGGGUAUAGAUAUAUAUAUAAAUAUAUAUAUAUAUAUAUAUAGAUAUCGUAAGGAGUCUGCCCAAAACAACUACAGUAAUGAUUCCACCCCAAAACACUACAGUAAAGCUAAAAUAGGGUUUGAGAAAAGACAAUAGCGGAAGGUUAUUUACCCCCUCCUCGAUGCUGCCGAUCUCAGUCAUGUUGACUCUGUGGCUAUAAAUAUACGUCCAACCCUUUUAAGACGAAGGGUCUUUCCGCUCCCCGCAACCUAACACUUCCCACCCAGCUGUCUCUUUACACCUGCUCCCUCUCAAGAAAUGCUACACCCCUCUGGCCCCUCGCCCCUCUGUGUCUCGCCUCGCACCCCUCCCCUCGCCGUCUCUCCCCUCGCCCCUCUCCCCUUUCCUCUCUCCUCUCUGCUUCUCGCCCCUCUCCUCUCCUCUCUGCGUCUCUCCCCUCGCCCCUCUCCUCUCUGUGUCUCGCCUCUCGCACCCCUCCCCUCGCCGUUUCUCCCCUCGCCCCUCUCCUCUCUGCGUCUCCCCCUCCCCCUAUCCUCUCCUCUCCUCUCUGUGUCUCACCCCUCCCACUCUCCUCUCUGCGUCUCGCCCCUCUCCUUCCGUGACUCGCCAACUGGCUCCUCUCCUUUCUGCGUCUCUCCCCUCUUGCAGUCUCAACCCUGUACAGAGUACUUUCAAAAUAAAUCUGCUUUCAUCUUUAA